AAAGAAAAAGAGGACAGGUGUGAAACCCACUCUGAUAAAUCUUCCCCUUCUUUCACUUCUUUUUGAGAAACUCUCUGCACCAGAGAGAGAGAGAGAGAGAGAGGUCAAUAGCAACAGGGCAAGAGAUGGGAUUAGGGUUCUCUAUUUCAGUUUCUUUUGUGUAAUGAGCAGAGAAUUCAGACCUCUUCUUCUGGGAAGAAGAUGGCAAUACAACAAGAACAACAGAUCAGCUCCUCUCUCCUUCUGGACGCCCUCUACUGCGAAGAAGAGAAGUGGGAAGAAGAAGAAGUAAUGGGGGCAGGACUGCAGGUGGAGAUUGAUGAGAAAUGUAGCCAUGGGGAUGAUAAUGGUAAUGGUUAUGGAAAUGGAACAUCGAACCCUUCUCUCCUUCCCCUGUUUUUGCUGGAACAAGAUUUGUUCUGGGAAGACGAAGAGCUCGUGACCCUCUUCGCCAAAGAACAGCAGCAAAAACCACAAACACAUCUCAUCAACGCCACCAUUGAUGCAGAGACCGACUCUGCUCUGUCCAUUGCUCGCCACGAGGCUGUUCUUUGGGCGCUAAAGGUCAAUGCCCAUUAUGGGUUCUCUGCUCUCACGGCCAUUCUGGCCAUUAACUAUUUAGAUAGGUUCCUCUCUAGCCUCCAUUUUCAGAGAGAUAAGCCAUGGAUGAUCCAGCUUGCUGCUGUGACUUGCCUCUCUCUGGCUGCAAAAGUGGAGGAGACCCAAGUGCCAUUUCUUCUAGACUUCCAAGUGGAGGAGACAAAGUACGUGUUUGAGGCCAAGACGAUUCAGAGAAUGGAGCUUCUGGUGCUCUCCACUCUCCAAUGGAAGAUGAAUCCGGUGACCCCUCUUUCGUUUCUUGAUCACAUCAUACGAAGACUUGGCCUGAAGCACCACAUCCACUGGGAGUUUCUCCGGAGAUGCGAGCACCUCCUCCUCUCAGUCGUCGCUGAUUGCAGGUUCGGCCGUUAUCUUCCUUCUGUGCUGGCUGCUGCCGCAAUGAUGCACGUCAUAGAGCAAGUUGAGCCGUGCAACGCCAUUGAUUACCAGAACCAACUCAUGGGUGUUCUCAAAAUCAGCAAGGAGGAAGCAAACGAGUGCUAUGAACUAAUCAAGGAACUCUCAGAGGACUCUGUUUCCCGUGGCCAAAAGAACACCAUCAAGCGCAAGUAUAGUCACAUCAAUGCUCCGGGGAGUCCCAGCGGGGUAAUUGAUAGGUGUUUUAGCAGCGAUUGCUCGAACGAUUCGUGGGCAGUUUCUUCUUCCCCCGAGCCUGUGUUGAAGAAGAAGAGCAGAACUGCCCAUCAACAGCAGCACAUGACAUUUCCCUCGCUCAAUAGGGUGUUCGUGGAUGUUCUGGGGAGCCCUCCUUAAUUGAUUAAUUAAUCAAUCUCUCUUUCUGUGGGGACUUGAUAUAUAAAAUAUAUGUUCUAUUUAUAUUUACAUAAGGUGCAAGCUGAAUCGUCUUCCAUGUCUGCACCUGCUGCAAUCUUCCAAAGUUCAGACAUUGGGAAAAUUGCCAUAUCUGUGAGGAGGGGGAGGGAGGGAGAAGGUAGGAGUAGAGAUGGGCGGUGGCAAGCAUUGGCAAUUGGCAGUGGAGGGAGAGGGGAAGAAAAGAGACAGAGGAGGAGCAUUGAAGAAUGCCUGUUUUCUGCUUCUCCAUAUGUAUGUUUAAGGCCCUUGGCUUCUCUCUCUCUGCCUCACUGGGGUCUCUUUCCACCAUACUUUAUAUGGACAUAUUAUAUUAUCACCAUAAAUUCAAAAAACAAAAGUAUCAUUAAAUUUUGUUC